AGUACUACUAGUAGGGGCCGGUCAGCUGAACAGCGCCGGCGGCAUUCCGACCAGGCUGAGGCCCAGGGGCACCAUUGAAAUGCCAUCUGAUCAGCUCACCAUCUCCAGGGGCUCUCCAGCUCGACGUACGACAGGGAGUAAUAGGACGAGGAAGCUACUGGCCGGCGCUUGUAGUAAUGGGCCAUGAUAGCUGAAGAAAAGCUACCGCCCCGGCAUUCGUCUUGAAAAGUAGAGAGGCUUUCCUUAUACCUAUCUCAUGCUAGCGAUAAGUGCUCGCGUGCGCCAGCUAACUGCUAAAGGAAAAUCCAUUUGAUAGAGGCCAAUGCUGUGAAAGCCAUCAAGUGGUUGUGCUACGUGCAACUUUGUGAAGAGUGACCGUGCGGGUAUGUGGAGAGUAACCGUGCGGGUAUGUACGCAUUGGAUAAUGUAAGGAGGAUGCCUCUAGGUAGUCAGACCUUUAGAGUUUGAUGACUUGAUAUAGGCGUUCAAGCAGGUUCAAUGGCGGUUCUGAUUUCACUAUCCAUGGUCGUCCUGCUGGCGCUGUCGGGAAGCGCUACGGCUGCCACAGGUUCAGACGAUGUUGUGGCACUGCUUGGCAUCAAAGCCAGCCUGGACCAAAACCCUCUGCUCGCAAAUUGGGUCAUUACUGGAGAUCCCUGCGCUCAGCCUUGGUAUGGCGUCGUCAAUUGCACCAGCGGAAGCCCGCAGCGGGUGACCAACCUUCAACUCCAAAACUCGGGCUUGAGUGGAACCAUCAGCCCUUUCCUUGGGAACUUGACGGCGCUGACCUCACUGGACAUGAGCUCCAACCGCUUGACAGGCCCCAUCCCCGCUACUAUCGCAAACCUGGUCAACAUCUCCCGCAUCAAUCUCCACAGCAACAAGCUCACAGGGACGCUCCAACUGUUCAGCAAGCUGCGAACUUUAACCUACUUGAACGUGGGCGAUAAUCUGCUCACAGGUGGCGUGCCGCCAGAGUUCAACAACUUGACCCUCAUGACGUACCUCAGUAUCGGGAUGAACCCCAUCGGAGGACCAAUUCCAGACCUAAGCAAGCUGACAAAGGUCAUUCACAUCCAUUUCGACAACAUGAACCUGACCGGCCCCCUGCCUGCCACGCUCUCUGCACUGACCAGCAUGAUCCACCUUGUCGUGCAAAACAACCAACUUUCAGGCACUCUGCCGCCGUCCCUUUCAGCCCUCACUUCAGUCAGCCUCAUCCAGCUGGACAACAACUUCUUCACGGGCACGCUGCCAGCCUCCUACAGCAACCUGACGUCGCUCAUUGACUUUCGGGCGGUGAACAACCAGCUUUCAGGCCCGAUCGAUCCGUCCUGGCUUCAGCUGAAAAACCUGCGGAAGCUGGACCUGAGCUACAACGACUUUUCGGGCGUGGUUCCGUCAGGCAUCGGAGACAUGCCGAGUCUCAUCGAUCUGAAUUUGGAGCACAACUCUUUCAGCGGCGCCGUUCCGGCGUCUGUGUGUUACAGCCCCCGGAUGACCACCCUGCGCUUGAACGCCAACCUCUUUAGCGGCGCACUGCCGGCAUCCUGUUACAACAUGACGAGCCCUCCCUUCCAGACAGCCUGGUUCCACGACAACCAGCUCACUGGCGACAUCCCUAGCAGCCCGGACGACUCAGUCGGGAUCACAGCGUUUGGCAACUCCUGGUGCGCUGGCAAUGCUCAACUCCCCGCGUGCCAGGUGCCCCCAACUCUCGCCGCUGCCCCCAUCGCCCCCUCUUCAGCGGCCGCGGUCCCGGCCCCCACGUCGGCGCUGCAGCUGCCAAAAGGCUGCUCGUGCCCAUCAGGCCAGGUGCCUCAGCCGUACACUCUGAGCACGCAGCUGGCCCCCAACGGCUCCGUCCCCUGCUCGUGCGUCUCCCCCUCGCAGUUCGUCAUCAACCUCCCCGGCGUCAGCUUCGUCGAACUCACCCCCAUCCGGUUCCAAAGGCUCGCCGCCAGUCUUGCCGCCACGCUGAACCUGCUCCCCGAGCAAGUCACCCCUGAGGGCGCAUGCCGCGCCUCGGACCAGUUUUGCGGGGUAGUCUGCGACUCCCCGCUCUGCCACGGCACGAACUCGGUCUUCCAACUUCUGCCCGGGACGGCGUGCCUCGCGUCCCGCCCCAACUGUACGUCGCUCUGCAAGUUUCCGCCGUGCACCGGAACCACCGCCGCCUUUCAGCUGCUGCCAGUCGAGGGGCAGCAGAUACCCGCGAGCUAUAUCCAGAGCUUGGAAACGCGACUUACGGUUAUGGGCGCCAACUCGUGGUUCUCCAACAAGAUCGACGACGACUUUGUUCCGUACACGCUCGUCAUUGCGCAGCCGCCCACCACAAUCAUCAUACAGACCAAGACGUCGACGUCAACGAUCGUCAUUGCGGUCAUCGGCGCGGUGGUCGGGAUGGGCGUUCUUCUCGCGAUCUGCGCGGGGCUGGGCUUGGGUUUGUGGUGGCACCGCAGGCGGCGUCAGAGGCUCGAUGCAAACCCGUGGUUGCGCGCGGAGAAGAGCCGGUGGAGCACGGCGCGGCCGCUCCGGGAGGGGUCCGGCGUUCCGCUCACGCAGGAGGCGAGCGGAUCGUCCGGGUGGCACCCAACAGCGGACACAACGAGCCCAUGGUCGGGGCCCCGAUCCGCCACCGCGGAGCCGUUCCUCAACACCGAGCUGCGCACGUACAGCUUCGCGGAGCUCGAGGCCGCGACCGACGACUUCUCAACGGAGCGCGCCAUCGGGUCCGGCGGUUUUGGGACAGUGUAUCGGGCCACCUUUCCGGACGAUUCCGAGGUCGCGGUUAAGCGGCUAAGCCUGGAGAGCAAGCAGGGUGAGCCGGAGUUCCUGGCGGAGAUUGGCGCCAUAUCGCAGCGGCUGAAGCACCCUAAUCUGCUGAGACUCAUGGGCUACUGUUCGCACGGGCGGGACAGGCUGCUGGUGUAUGAGCUCAUGCGGCGCGGGGAUCUCAGAGGUUAUCUGCGAGAUGGGCGGAAGGAGCCAAUGGCAUUUCUGGACUGGGAAACGCGGCUCAACAUAGCCUGCGACUCCACAGCAGGAUUGCAGUAUCUGCACGAGGGGUUCCGGCCUCCAGUGGUGCAUCGGGACAUCAAGACGUCGAACAUCCUCUUGGAUGAUGACUUCCGGGCAAAGAUCUCCGACUUCGGGCUGGCCAAACUGUACCCUGAGGAUGAUGCCACGCACAUCACCACCAAAGUGCAGGGGACGUACGGUUACUUGGCGCCUGACUAUGCCACUACCGGGCUUCUCAACACCAAAAGCGACGUCUACAGCAUGGGCGUGGUCUUCCUGGAGCUCUUUGCGGGCGUCGUCGCGGUAUCCGCGACCACCCUCAACUCUGACGUCAACAGCUUCUUGGUGCCCUGGGCCCGGCGGAACAGCGGCAAGGCGGGGUUCUGGAAGGAGGUGAUGGACCCUGCUCUGGAGGGGCAGUGCCCGCCCAAAGCUGCCAAAAUCUUCGCGGCACUGGCGGUCGGCAUGAGCUCGCACGAUCCCAAUGCUCGCCCGACAAUGAGCCAAGUGGCUUACACAUUGGAAAUGGUGAAGAAGGAAUGCGCCGCCAACCAGGGCCAACCGUCCCUCCCACGGACGGCCGGUUCUAAUGGUGUCGUCGGCACGACGUCAGCGAGUGGUAGUGGAUCACGUGCUCGGAAGGGUGAUAGCUAUCGGCCGUUCGAGCCCCAGUCUGGCACGUGGGCUGAAGAUAGUCUUACGGGGGGGUCUAGUAGGACGACCGGCUCGGAGGGAACAUGGGUGCAAAUGAGUGAGUCGGAGAGCCUGCCGGAGCAUUCAACGCUCUUGCGGCAUGGUCAAGGCGUCACUGUUGUACGACCGGAAGUCUUUCAAGGUAACGGCCGAUAGUAUAUAGUGUAGACACGGAGCCCAGAAGCCAAGGCCGCCAAAAUGGCCAAAAUCCGGAUGCUUAUAAUUGAAGAGCCACUACACGUAUAUGCCUCAUAUAACAACUACAUACAAUGAUAUAGUGUCCUCUGCUCUCUCAUAAUCGUUUGUUUGUAAAGUAUUGAAGGCCGGCCUUGGUAGUUGUCAGGGUUUUUGGAACUGGAGAGACCACCUAGCUAGCUAGGCCCUUAGUGGCAACAUGUAGAAAGUCUGUGAGUUUGGAUACUUGUUCAAUUUUGUAGAGGCCUGUCAUAUAAAGCAAGCUCAAGGAUUUAGUUCUCUGACAAUCAGCAAGGCAAGGUCAUACAAUCCGUAGCAUGCAGCUAUCACUGGAGUGAUUAAAGAUAUUACAUACGAUUGUCACUAC